AUGCCCUGCCCACCUGGCCUCCUACUGCCUGCUGCUCCCCCAGCCUGCACCCAGUCUUUGGCCUGGGACACUGCCCCCCACUCCCUACCCCCUGCUCUACUCUGCCCCUUAGGCCUCCUCUUCCUGCCUGUGCUGUCCCUUUACUGUGUCCUUCUUUCCCCCUCCUCCCUCCCUUCCCCUGCUUGUCUGGUCCCCCUUGUGUGCUGCCUGCCUUGUCUCUGCCCCUCGCCUGCUGCCUUUAACCUCCUGUGCCUGUUGCUGCCCUGCCCUGCUCCCCUGUUUUUGCCUCUCCUGACUUGCUGCUGCCUGCUGCUGCUGCCUGGCUGCCACCCCUCCCCCUGGGUGUGCAGCUACUGCUCCCCUGCCCUCCCUUCUUCCCCUUUGGCUUCUGCUCUCGGCUGCAUUCUGUGCCUGCUGUCUGCCUGGCUCCUCUGCCCUGCCCCCUCCCCUGACUCUGCCUCCUGCUCCUUGUGGGCCCUGCCUGGUUGUGCCCACUCCUGGUUUGCAUAUGCACUUGUGCGUUGCCAUGAGCUGCUCUCCUUUUGCCUGGCACCUGUGCCUGCCCCAUGUGCUGAUAACCACCACACGACCUAUGACCUCGGUGCCACCACUGGGGUGUCCCUACUCUCCUGA